AUGAGUACGGGAGUGGACUCGAAGGGGAUCGUCCGCGACGACACAUUCUACUACGACCACGUAGUCUUCCUGUCGAAGGCUACCUGUUCAGGGUGCCUAAGCAGAAAUUCGUGCUCCCCCGUCUUCCGCGACAUGUUCACACUUCCUGCGGGUACCGCCCUCGCGGAGGACGAGGCAAAUGACUCGCCUGUGAGGCUGGAAGGCGUCAAGCAAGACGAGUUUAAAGCGCUGCUGCAUAUGAUGUUCCGACCCUCCUACAGCACGAGCGUGGAGCUAUCCAUGGAAGAGCGGAUUCUCGUCCUGAAGCUCACCACCAUGUGGCAAUUUCAUUCCCUGCGUUGCGUCGCGCUCGACAAACUCAAGCUAUACCUACCGCACCUGAACGAAGACCCGGUGCGCUGGCUCUGCCUCGCGCGCCAGUAUGAUGUAGACGAAUGA